AUGCGGGACACUCUUUCGCGCUGCUGGUGGACGUCCGGAGGAAGAGAUGAAGUCGGAAGUGCGAGCGGCGUGGGAUUGACCUCCCACUUUCGGUUGCCGCGUCUCGGGAAUUGCCGAUCCGGCUUGAAGCACCGAGCGCGCGCACCGCUCGAGCUCAUCGCUGCACCCGUCGUCGCCGCGCUAUCCAUCAUGACGAAAAAGAGAAGAAAUGGUGGCCGCAACAAGAAGGGCCGUGGCCACGUCGGCUUCGUUCGCUGCUCGAACUGCUCGCGCUGCGUUGCGAAGGACAAGGCCAUCAAGCGCUUCACCGUGAGGAACAUGGUCGAGAGCGCUGCCGUCCGUGACAUCUCCGAGGCGUCGAUCUACCCUGAGUACGUCGUCCCGAAGUUGUACAUCAAAAUCGCAUACUGUGUCUCGUGCGCCAUUCACUCGCAUGUCGUUCGUGUUCGUUCGCGUGAGGGCCGUCGCAACCGUGCACCUCCCCCGCGUGUCCGGUGGAAGGACGGCAAGAAGGUCAACCCCGCCGUCGUCGCGGCCGAGGAGGCCAAGGCGAAGGCCGCUGCCGCUGGCACGGCAUAA